GCUGGUUGUUGCUAAGAUUGCCUCCAUGGUAACAUGCAUAUCCUGUUUGCACCUCAACUUGGCCUAAGCAGUCUGAACUAGGAACCUACCUACCCUGGACAACCACUUCCAUCACCACCUGGGGACGCCAAUCAUCGUGACACGUGGUCCGGUUUCCACUCCCUUCCCCCAUCCUCUUCCUCCUCCUGCUGCCAGACUUCAUACACAAGAAAGGAUCUGGGCUUGGAACUGCUACUUUGAAGCUUAUUGUGCAAAAUAUAGCCAGUCUGAUUCCUAAUUGGCCCCCCAGAGAAUCAAGAAAUAGGAAGUGGGGUCAGGAGAGCAGGAGAUUCUGACCAUUUGAAGGCAAACUCCACAUCUCUGGUUGAGGGGCUUGGUAACAGCAGGCAAAAAUGACGAACCCAUCAGAACGUGCCUUGGUGGCCAACUCAAUGGUUGAGAACCGUGAAGGGGAUUUUGGCUGCACAGUAAUGGACCUGAGGAAACUCAUGGAGCUGCGUUCCACUGAUGCAAUGAACCAGAUUAAUGACCACUAUGGAGACGUACAGAAUAUCUGCAGUAGACUGAAAACCUCCCCUGUGGAAGGUCUCUCUGGGAACCCUGUGGAUCUGGAGAAACGUCGGCAAAUGUUUGGUCAGAACUUGAUUCCCCCCAAAAGGUCCAAGACUUUCUUAGAGUUAGUGUGGGAAGCGCUUCAAGACGUCACCCUGAUCAUCCUGGAGAUCGCAGCUAUCAUUUCCCUGGUCUUGUCCUUCUACCGCCCCCCUGGGGGUCAAAACGAGCAGUGUGGUCACGUUGUGAGUACCACAGAUGAUGAAGGGGAGGCAGAAGCCGGCUGGAUCGAGGGGGCAGCCAUCCUCUUCUCAGUGCUCAUCGUGGUGCUUGUGACCGCCUUCAAUGACUGGAGCAAAGAGAAGCAAUUCCGAGGGCUGCAGAGCCGCAUUGAGCAGGAGCAGAAAUUCUCCAUUAUCCGAAACAGCCAGAUCAUCCAGCUGCCUGUGGCUGAGAUUGUGGUGGGCGAUAUCGCCCAAAUCAAAUAUGGUGACCUACUACCUGCAGACGGAAUCCUGAUCCAGGGCAAUGACCUGAAGAUUGAUGAGAGCUCUCUGACUGGGGAGUCAGACCAUGUCAAGAAGUCCUUGGAUAAAGACCCCAUGCUGCUCUCAGGAACCCAUGUCAUGGAAGGUUCUGGCAGAAUGGUAGUGACUGCUGUUGGUGUCAACUCACAGACCGGAAUCAUAUUUACCCUCCUGGGGGCCAGUGAGGGAGACGGGAUGGAGAAGAAGAAGAAAGGUAAAAAACAAGGAGUCCCUGAAAAUCGCAACAAAGCAAAGACCCAGGAUGGAGUGGCCCUGGAGAUCCAACCACUCAACAGCCAAGAAGGGAUCGACAGUGAGGAAAAGGAGAAAAAGGCCACAAAGACACCCAAAAAGGAGAAAUCAGUGCUUCAGGGCAAGCUGACUCGCUUGGCUGUCCAGAUCGGGAAAGCUGGUCUGAUCAUGUCUGCCAUCACAGUCCUUGUCCUGAUUCUCUACUUCGUGAUUGACAAUUUUGUGAUUCAGCGGAAGCCAUGGCUAGCUGAGUGCACCCCCAUCUACAUCCAGUACUUUGUCAAGUUCUUCAUCAUCGGCGUCACUGUGCUGGUGGUGGCUGUGCCUGAGGGGCUGCCACUCGCUGUCACCAUCUCACUGGCGUAUUCUGUGAAGAAAAUGAUGAAAGAUAACAACCUGGUACGGCAUUUGGAUGCCUGUGAGACCAUGGGCAAUGCCACUGCCAUUUGCUCCGACAAGACCGGCACGUUGACCAUGAACCGCAUGACCGUGGUGCAGGCCCAUAUUGGCGGCACCCACUACCGUCAGAUUCCAAGUCCUGAUGCCCUGCAGCCCAAGGUCCUGGACCUUAUUGUCAAUGGCAUUUCUAUCAACAGUGCCUAUACCUCCAAGAUUAUGCCUCCAGAGAAGGAGGGAGGCCUGUCUCGGCAAGUGGGUAACAAGACUGAGUGUGCACUGCUGGGCUUUGUCAAAGAUCUGAAGCAGGAUUACCAGGCGGUGCGCAAUGAGGUGCCCGAGGAGAAGCUCUACAAGGUGUACACCUUCAACUCGGUGCGCAAGUCAAUGAGCACGGUCAUCAAGAAGCCCGGCGGUGGCUUCCGCAUGUACAGCAAGGGGGCCUCUGAGAUCAUCUUGCGCAAGUGUAACCGAAUCCUGGACAAGGAUGGGGAAGCAGUACCUUUCAAAAGCAAGGACCGCGAUGAGAUGGUGCGCACUGUCAUUGAGCCAAUGGCCUGUGAGGGGCUACGGACCAUCUGUAUAGCUUACCGGGAAUUCAAUGACGCAGAGCCCUUGUGGGACAAUGAGAAUGAAAUCCUCACUGAACUCACUUGCAUCGCAGUGGUGGGCAUCGAGGACCCCGUGCGCCCAGAGGUGCCAGAUGCUAUUGCCAGAUGCAAACAAGCUGGCAUUACUGUCAGAAUGGUGACAGGUGACAACAUCAACACAGCUCGGGCCAUUGCCACAAAAUGUGGCAUUCUGACACCUGGGGAUGACUUCCUGUGCUUAGAAGGCAAAGAAUUCAACCGACUCAUCCGUAAUGAGAAGGGCGAGGUAGAGCAAGAAAAGCUCGACAAGGUCUGGCCUAAGCUUCGAGUCCUGGCGCGAUCUUCCCCCACUGACAAGCACACGCUGGUGAAAGGCAUCAUUGACAGCACUGUAGGGGAGCAGCGACAGGUGGUGGCUGUCACCGGUGAUGGCACAAAUGAUGGACCAGCUCUGAAGAAAGCGGAUGUUGGUUUUGCCAUGGGUAUCGCAGGCACAGAUGUAGCAAAGGAGGCAUCUGAUAUCAUCCUAACAGAUGACAACUUCACCAGCAUCGUAAAGGCAGUAAUGUGGGGCCGAAAUGUCUAUGACAGCAUCUCCAAGUUCCUUCAGUUCCAGCUCACUGUCAAUGUGGUGGCUGUGAUUGUGGCCUUCACUGGAGCCUGUAUCACCCAGGACUCACCACUGAAAGCUGUGCAGAUGUUGUGGGUUAAUCUAAUCAUGGACACUUUUGCCUCGUUGGCCCUGGCCACAGAACCUCCAACAGAUGCAUUGUUGAAGCGCCGACCCUAUGGCCGGAAUAAGCCUCUGAUCUCACGUACUAUGAUGAAGAACAUCUUGGGCCACGGAGUCUAUCAGCUCACUGUCAUCUUUCUCCUUGUCUUUGCCGGUGAGAAGUUGUUUGACAUUGACAGUGGGAGAAAGGCACCUCUACACUCACCACCCAGCCAACACUACACCAUCGUUUUCAACACCUUUGUGCUGAUGCAGCUUUUCAAUGAAAUCAAUUCCCGCAAGAUCCAUGGAGAGAGGAACGUCUUCUCAGGCAUCUUCCGCAACGUCAUCUUCUGUUGUGUGGUCAUGGGCACAUUCAUUAGCCAGAUUAUCAUUGUGGAAUUUGGGGGUAAGCCCUUCAGCUGCACAAGCCUCACCCUGUCACAGUGGUUUUGGUGUCUCUUCAUUGGGAUUGGAGAGCUGCUAUGGGGCCAGGUCAUCUCUUCGAUACCUAACCGGUCCCUGAAGUUCCUGAAGGAAGCUGGACAUGGCACCGCCAACGAGGAUAUCACCAAGGAUGCCGAGGGGCUGGAUGAGAUUGACCAUGCCGAGAUGGAGCUGCGCCGAGGCCAGAUCCUUUGGUUCCGGGGCCUGAACCGUAUCCAGACUCAGAUCGACGUAGUUAACACAUUCCAGACGGGAGCCUCUAUUAAGGGAGUCCUAAAACGACAGACCAUGGGUCAACAGCUUGAUGUAAAACUUGUUCCUAGUUCAUCCCAUGUAACAGUUGCACCAAUCAAAUCUCCCCCCACCACUUCUGUUGCUGCAGCUGCUGCUGUUUCAUCUCCUACUCUGGGCAGUGAGUGAUAGUCUAUUCUGAUGCAUGAUUUGCUAAAAUGACCACCAGAGAGCACGUGGCAUUCACUUUAACCAACCAUGGUUAUCUUUUCCUUUGGUUAUCUGUUCUUCUGAUUUAAAGGAAGAAAAGAACAAAAACGAAAGAACCCCACUCUAAAAACCAGGCUUUGUGCCCUUUUAUUUAUUUUAUUUAUUUAUAGUUUCAUUUUUGAAAAGCUAUUAAACCGUAACCAUUUUAAAGA